AUGUUCCCAAUCCUUCUUGUCGCUCUUUCCAGCUUCGUCGUCUGUAAUGCCAUCCCCCUGAGCCUUCAAGUUUCGCGUCGCAACCUUGUCGUACACGAAUCUCGCGAGGAUGCCCCGAGCGGUUUUGCGCUCAGCACACCUGCUUCGCCCGACUCGGUUCUGAGCUUGCGGUUAGCGCUAGUACAAAGCGAUACCGACGGUCUUAUCAGCGCACUGAAUGAUGUUGCGAACUUUGUUACACCAUCAGCAGCCACUGUGUCUGCGGUGGUCGAUUGGCUGACCGAGAACGAGUUAAAUGCGACCGUCUUGUCGCCUGUGGGCGACUGGCUCUCACUCGACAUCCCUGUAAACAAAGCAAACGAACUCCUCGCUGCCAACUACUCUGUUUAUGUAAACGCGCAGACAGGGUUGCAGACCAUCCGUACACUCUCUUAUUCCAUUCCUGAAGAUCUGCAGGAACAUCUCGCAUUGGUUCACCCAACCGUCACAUUCCCUUCGAAUAAACAGCACGCGCCGAUCUUUCUAGCUUCACCUAAAUCUGUAACGCGAGAUGUACAGGACCUGGUCAACGCCACUGCCGUGUGCGGGUACGGCUUGGCCGCCUGGAUGAAUCCCGGCUGCCUGCAGUAUUUAUACAAUAUACCCAUAAGCCCUGCCACGAACCCUCUGAACAAGAUUGCCGUCACUGGGUAUGAUGAGGAGUAUGCCCAGCAAGCAGAUUUGGAGAAAUUCUUGGCCGACUACCGCCCAAACAUAAGCUCGACUGCCAAAUUCACCUUGGAGUCAGUAGAAGGCGGAGUAAAUCCUCAAAACAGUUCACAAGCAGGGUCCGAAGCGAAUCUGGACACUCAGUACGUUGUUGGCCUCGCCACGAAUGUUUCGACCCAAUUUAUUUCUGUUGGAGGAGACUUUUUUGAUGCUCUUCUUGAUACCGCCAACUUUCUAGCAGGCGUCGACGCUCCUCCCUAUGUCCUCUCGACUAGUUACGGAGACAAUGAGGACGCAAUAUCGCAGCGUUUAGCUAUCAACAUCUGCAAUGCAUAUGCUCAACUCGGCGCUCGUGGUAUAUCUGUUCUGUUCUCAUCUGGGGAUGGGGGUGUUUCGGGUAAUAAAAAUUCGGAAUGCACGUCCUUUGUGCCCACGUUCCCUUCCGGUUGUCCCUACAUUACUUCCGUUGGUGCCACUACACAGCUUCCUACCGAGAUUGGUGCAGAUUUCUCCAGUGGUGGUUUCUCUAACUACUGGGGUACACCAUCUUACCAGACCACUGCUGUCUCUGCCUAUCUCGACAAGCUUGGUUCCAACAACACAGGCCUCUUCAACGCAUCUGGCCGCGCUUACCCCGAUGUCUCUGCAUACGGCACAAACUUCGAGAUCUACAACGAAGGCAAUCUGCUCAUCACGUCAGGCACAAGCUGCUCGACGCCGACUUUUGCCAGCAUUGUUGCUCUCCUGAACGACCAGCUUACUACAGCUGGGAAGAGCCCACUCGGAUUCUUGAACCCUUUGCUUUACUCGAACCUUUCCUCCAGUCUCACUGAUAUCGUAGACGGCAACAACCUUGCUUGCAGCAAUGGCACAACUGGAUUUUAUGCUACAGAGGGCUGGGAUCCGGUUACUGGCCUUGGGACUCCUAACUUCACUGCUCUGGCCACCGCCCUUGGGUUGUGA